AUGGUCGCCAAUGGGACGCGUGGGAAACGCGGGGCCCUGAUCGUUGUCGAAGGCCUGGAUCGAGCAGGCAAAUCCAGCCAGUGCGAAUAUCUUCGUAACUCUCUACAGGAAUCAGGUCGCCCUGUGAAAUACAUCAGAUUCCCAGAUCGAACAACCCCCAUAGGAAAGCUAAUUGAUGGCUAUCUACGCGGACAAUCUCACUUGGACGACCAUUCUAUUCACCUUCUCUUCUCCGCUAACCGUUGGGAGCUUGCCCAGGAUAUUGAGGCUGAUAUCGCCGAUGGAACCAACGUGAUUGUGGACCGCUAUUCAUACUCCGGCGCAGUCUACUCAGCUGCAAAAGCUAACCCUUCACUGUCCCUGGAAUGGGCUUGGCUGCCAGAAAUUGGCCUACCAAAGUCUGAUGUCUGCCUAUUUCUCAGCAUAUCACCGGAAGAAGCUGCAAAGCGUGGCGGGUUCGGCGGGGAGCGCUACGAGAACGAGACGAUGCAAUCUCGUGUUCGCGAGCUGUUUAGUACCAUAUUUAGCCUCCAGAAAAAGAGCGAUAUUCGGAUGAUUGACGCCGGAAGGACGUUUGAAGAAGUGUCGAAAGAUAUCUCGAAGAUUGUAACCGAAUGCAUUGCACGUGUGGACCCGGCGAGCGCUCUAGGAAAGAUGACAUCCAUUUCCUAA